AUGGCAGCCGAGACGACAGAGAAGCUGCAGCAGCUGGACUUGAACGGCCAGAAUGGCGCCUCCCCGGCGGAUGCCCCCGCCCCCGCCGUCGAAGUAGAGGAUGCCUCUGACGACGAGCACGAAGAAGGAGAAGGCUCCCCAGAUGCAAAUGGAGCCGCCAAAAAGAAGAAGAAGCGUAAGCCCAAGAAGAAGAAGAAGGCCGCAAAGGUCCAGAGCUCUCCACCUCGAGUCCCAGUCUCCAGUCUCUUUCCAAACCAAUACCCCGAGGGCGAAAUCGUCGAAUACCUAAACGAUAAUGCCUACCGUACCACCAACGAAGAAAAGCGUUACCUCGACCGCAUGAACAACGAUUUCCUGCAGGAGUAUCGCCAAGGUGCUGAGAUUCACCGUCAGGUUCGCCAGUAUGCUCAACAGAACAUUAAACCCGGCCAGACUCUGACGGAGAUUGCGGAGGGUAUCGAAGACUCUGUUCGGGCCUUGACUGGUCACCAGGGUUUGGAGGAAGGUGACAACAUCCUGGGCGGCAUGGGAUUCCCAACUGGUCUGAGUAUCAACCACUGUGCUGCGCACUAUACUCCGAAUGCCGGUAACAAGAUGGUCCUCGAACAUGGUGAUGUUAUGAAGGUUGAUUUCGGUGUUCAUCUCAACGGUCGUAUCGUUGACAGUGCUUUCACCAUGCACUUCGACCCAGUAUACGAUCCAUUGCUGGCAGCAGUGAAGGAUGCUACCAAUACCGGUAUUCGGGAAGCUGGAAUUGAUGUCCGCAUGAGUGAUAUCGGUGCUGCUAUCCAGGAAGCCAUGGAGAGCUACGAAGUCGAGAUUAAUGGCACUAUGCACCCUGUCAAGGCUAUCCGCAACCUUAAUGGCCACAACAUUGACCAGUAUAUUAUCCACGGUGGCAAGAGCGUGCCUAUCGUCAAGGGCACCGACCAGACCAAGAUGGAGGAGGGCGAAACCUUCGCUAUCGAGACCUUUGGCAGUACUGGAAAGGGCUACGUGCGGGAAGAGAUGGAAACCUCACACUACGCUCUAGCCCAGGACGCACCAAACGUUCCCCUCCGUCUUUCAUCCGCUAAGAACUUGUUAGGCGUGAUUAAAAAGAACUUUGGCAGCCUUCCAUUUUGCAGAAGAUACUUAGACAGACUAGGACAAGACAAGUAUCUUCUUGGGUUGAACAACCUUGUCGCUCAAGGCAUUGUCCAAGACUACCCUCCCCUUUGUGAUAUCAAGGGCUCUUAUACGGCUCAAUAUGAACAUACCAUCUUGCUCCGUCCCAAUGUUAAGGAAGUCCUCACCCGUGGAGAUGAUUACUAG